AUGCUGAUGGGUGCUCCUGUGAGUUGGGGAAUCAAGAAGCAGUCAAGUGUGUCGCUGUCGACGAGUGAAGCGGAAUACAUCGCACUGAGUCUGGCCAUCCAGGAAGGCAAGUGGGUGCAUCGCCUGCUAUGCGAGAUUUUGGCGGCCGCAAACGAACCAGGACCGGACCUCGUCAUCCGUGAAGACAACCAGUCGUACAUCGAGAUGACGAAGAAUCCAGUGAAUCAUGGCCGCGCCAAGCACAUCGACAUCAAGUACCAUCACAUCCGUGAUGAGGUCAAGCGCGGUGAAGUGCAGCUCGAGUAUUGCGAGACUUCCGUGAUGAUGGCGGACAUCAUGACCAAGGGACUUUCUGGACCUCGCCACGAGGACCUGACGACGGCUCUCGGCAUUCGUGCGAGUUCGGAUUGA